AUGACUACAGUAGAUAAAGAAUUAGAGGAACAGGAUGCCGGGUGUAUAGACACAGAACCUGAAAAGGUCGACGUCGAUUAACUAAAUGGAGAUUUCAAGGUGCAGAUUACAGGCAAUGAUCCGAGGAAUGAUGAGGAGAGGCAAAUGAUAAAGGACAUAUUGGAAAUUAUGAGAAGCGGACAGGUGUUGAAUGGUGCUGGUUUUAAGAGAGUUGACAGGAAAGUGCUGGCAGAAUGGACGAAGAAGGUGAAUAGAGUAGUGUCAGAGAUACAAACUACCAUGAAUAUCACUGACACCAAUGAAUUAUUAAUGCUACUGCGAUCUACAUAG